GGCGCAGUGCAGUGCAGGCUGCAGCUGAACUGUGCUGCACACAUAUAAAAGCUGCGGACAGAGUGUGCGUUCUGUUCUGCCAUAUCAUAUCCACGGAUCGAUCCACUACUCUCUGCUUGAUUGAUUGUUCCGACUUCGUGUCAUGUCAUCCGUCCCGUGGGUGUGAGCCAGCGAGUGAGACUGACUUGACUCUGUCGGAAUUAACAAGCCAGGCGUCGUCCGUCCGUCCGGCCCUUGUCAGCUGAGUACGAGGUUAGCAGUAACAAUCUUGCAGCAAUGGGGCGCGCGCCGUGCUGCGACAAGGCGAGCGUGAAGCGCGGGCCGUGGUCGCCGGAGGAGGACGAGCAGCUCCGGCGCUACGUCCGCGCCCAUGGCAUCGGCGGCAACUGGAUCGCCCUGCCGCACAAAGCCGGGCUGAAGCGGUGCGGCAAGAGCUGCCGGCUGCGGUGGCUGAACUACCUGCGGCCGGACAUCAGGCACGGCGGGUACACGGCCGAGGAGGACCGGGUCAUCUGCUCCCUAUACGGGUCAAUCGGCAGCCGGUGGUCGAUUAUCGCGUCCAAGCUCCCCGGCCGCACGGACAACGACGUCAAGAACUACUGGAACACCAAGCUCAAGAAGAAGGCCGUCGCCAUGGGGAUGCAGCAUGCCACCGGAGGAUCAGCCUUCUCCGCUCCCCAUAGCCAGUGCGCGCUCUCGCCGGCGGCCUCGGGCUCCUCCUCGUCGACCGUCGACACCACAAGCUCCAGCGCCGGCGGGGACAUCUUCUUCGCUGCCGCCAUGGAUCAGCAGCCAUGGCCGCCGCAGGGGCUUCUCACACACUUCCACGCGCAGAGCGAGCCCCCGGCGCCCGUGCUGCCGUCGCCGGACACCGUGGCGCUGGAUGUCGUCUCUGGCGCCGCUGGCGACUGGGCGCAUGGGCCCAUGGACAACGUCGACGUGUUCCUGCCCGAGCUCGGUGGCACCGGCGAGCAGUCUUUGCUGUUCCCUUAUGGCGAACUGCUGUUCAGUGGACUGCUGCUGCAGGCCGAUCAGGACCAGUGCAAGGCUGCCGCUGUCGGCGUUGGUGGCGGCGUGGAGCACUUGUCGGCCUCGACGUGCAGCUACUUCUUCCCCAACAGCAACAUGGCUGAGAUCACGUAUAAUUGACCUUUCAAAAAAAAAAGAGAUGACGUAUAAUUGGGCCGAUCACGCCGCCCACGCCAUGCCGCAGCAGCAGGGGCUCUGCAACACCUUGACAUAGGUCGACGUACCGCGAGUCAACUGAAUUAAUCCACCGGCCGGGAUGAUUGCUGCGUGAAAAAGAUUGCUCGAUUGUUGCAGUCCGUUGCGCUGGUCCGGCAGUUCACUCACUCUCUUUUGAUCUUUCUUCCUUUCUUUCCCGUUCACAUUUUUCUCCCUUUUGAGUGGCUCUUGGCUCUUGCUCGUGUUUGCUGUGUAUGUAUGUACGUAUGAGAUGAGAGAAAUAUGGGUUGAUUACAGGUAAACUAUGAUGUAUAGUAUAAUAGACUUAUGAUUAAUUUCACCGCAAAUAAAUCAUAUGCACAUUUUUCCUGUGA